CCUCCAUUGGUUUACAAAGGUUUCUUUCUGAACUUAUGAUUGGCCUCCAGUUUUUAAUCCCACAUGAGGGGGAGGAGCCCCCCCCCGGGAGAGGAGAGUGAAAAGCUCAGAGACCUUUGGCGAGAAGGCAGAGCAGCUUUUCUACAGCUCUUUUGCUUCUGACAGAGAUUUACAAACUAGCAGAAAGAUGGCGAGCUCUUUCACGCGUCUGAUCUCCGGCCGCAACACGGCUGUGCUGUUGGCCAGUCUGGGUGCAGGAACGAUGGCGACCGGCUUCUUGUUGAGCGAAAACGGCUCCCUGGCUGCUGAGAUGAAGAAAAAGCUCUAUCCUCCCAGCUCCGACUUCCCUGACCUGAGGAAACACAACAACUGCAUGGCCUCAUGUCUGACUCCAGCCAUUUAUGCCAAACUGAGGGACAGGCUCACCCCCAACAACUGGACCCUGGACCAGUGCAUCCAGACUGGAGUCGACAACCCCGGGCAUCCUUUCAUCAAGACCGUGGGCUGUGUGGCUGGUGAUGAGGAGAGCUACGAGGUGUUUGCUGAACUGUUUGACCCCGUCAUCAAGGACAGGCACAACGGCUACGACCCCAGAACCAUGACACACCCCACUGACCUGGAUGCCUCCAAGAUAACCAACGCCAUGUUUGAUGACAAGUACGUCCUUUCGUCCCGUGUCCGUACCGGCCGCAGCAUCCGUGGCCUGAGCCUCCCCCCGGCCUGUUCGAGGGCCGAGCGCCGUGAGGUGGAGCGGGUGGUGGUGACGGCCCUGGCCGGCCUGAAGGGAGACCUGGCCGGACGCUACUACAGCCUGGGAGACAUGACGGACAAGGAGCAGCAGCAGCUCAUUGAUGACCACUUCUUGUUUGACAAGCCCGUCUCUCCGUUGUUGACAUGUGCCUUUAUGGCCAGAGACUGGCCAGACGCCAGGGGUAUCUGGCACAACAAUGAGAAGACCUUCCUCAUCUGGGUGAAUGAGGAGGACCACACCAGAGUCAUCUCCAUGGAGAAAGGAGGCAACAUGAAGAGAGUGUUUGAGAGAUUCUGCAAUGGACUCAAACAGGUGGAGCAUCUGAUCCAGGAGAGAGGCUGGGAGUUCAUGUGGAAUGAGCGUCUGGGCUACAUCCUCACAUGCCCCUCCAACCUGGGCACCGGCCUCAGGGCGGGCGUGCACGUACGCCUGCCGAAACUCAGCCAGGAUCCUCGUUUCUCCAAAAUCCUCGACAACCUGCGGCUGCAGAAGAGAGGCACAGGAGGAGUGGACACAGCCGCCACCGGAGACACCUUUGACAUUUCCAACAACGACCGUUUGGGCAAAUCUGAGGUGGAGCUGGUCCAGAUGUUGGUCGAUGGGGUCAACUACCUGAUUGAGUGUGAGAAGAAGCUGGAGAAGGGACAGGACAUCAAAGUCCCAUCUCCCAUCGCUCAGUUUAGGAAAUAAAAGCUGGACUCAUGUUGCCAUCGGUGUCAGCAGGAGGAGGGCGGCCCUCUUUCUCAGCGCUCCCUCCCAAACUGAGCCCCCGGAGGCCCUCGGAGCGACGCCUGUCCACCGCCACGGAGGAGGUGGUUUCUUUAGGGUAACCUAAUCUUACACAUGAACUGCAGUUAGGGGACGAUUCUACCUCAAGUUAAGGUCUUCACUGUAACCCUAACUCCAAUAAAACAAACAGAACUAAA